CUGCUUCUUAGAUUGAAAUGAGCAGUGAGUUAGUUGUGUUCGCAAUAUAAAUACUCAACGUGACAAUAGUGAAAUAAAUUAUAGUGUUUCCACAAAUCAUCAAAAUAUGACCACUUCCGUAAAUCCAAAAAAAGCAAAAUUAAGUAUCACUACGCACGUUUUGGAUACUAGUAGAGGUCUACCUGCUGAUAAUUUGGCAGUAAGUCUUUACAAGUUCGAGAAUGAUAAAUGGAUUCUUCUAAAAGAAAGCAUGACAGGAUCAAACGGACGUAGCGCAGAUCUGCUACAAGAUGAAAGAGAGACUCCCACACCUGGCAGAUUCAAGAUCGAAUUUCGGGUGAAUGAUUAUUUCAGACGAAAUGCGACCAAUUCGAUGUAUCCGUUGAUCGAUGUGGUGUUUGACGUGGAAAAUUCUCGCGAACAUUAUCAUAUUCCUUUGCUGUUGAGUCCUUUUGGGUUUACUACAUAUCGCGGCUCGUAAUCGAUGUUUACUUCAAGUCUCUCUUAUAUCGUCUCUUAGAAUUAAGAUAACGAUAGCGCAAGAUUUAUAAAACCUUAUGUUACAUAAAUAUUAUAACGUCAAAAAUAAACGAGAAGAGAGCAUAAUUGUAUUAACAGAUAAAUUUUUGUACUUUUAUUCUUUUAAUAAUUAAAUAAUAGUCUGUAAAAAUAUUGCAGUAUUAAUGCAGAUAUGAAAAUAUGAAAAUAAUAAAAUGUUUUUUUUAAUUUACCGUCAUUUAAA